UCAUGUUUUUCGCGAGCUCCGUAACGCAUCUCUAUCUCUCUCUCUCUCCGUGUCAAUAAACGAUACGCGACUCACUGCUGCCGUCGUGCGCGAAUUUUGGUUGAUCGACUUUCGAUUCGAUGCACGAGUGCCAAAAAAAUAAAUAAAAUAAAAAAUAAAAAAAGGUAAAUCGGCGUCGGUGCCCUGAGAGGUACGAGCAAAUACACACACAGACAAGUACAUGCACAGGUGGACAUGCAGCUAAUUUAAUGGAAGUGCGUUUGCGUGUGCACGUCGUCCUCGUGAGCAAGAGAGCAUGAACUGGGCCAAGCGAGACAACAGCGAGUCCAGCAGGUGCAUCGUCUUUUGACGCGCCUAUCCUCGUCGUCGACGAUUUCUCAGCAUCUCCAAAGUUUCUACGCAUACCUCUUUGUUUUUCUCGCCUCCCUUUUUCGUGAACUCGAGAAAUUUCGUAACCGAAAAACGGCUCUCGAUCAAAGAAAAAAAUAAAAAUCAUGAGGACUCAAGCCACGCUCCGUUUCGCGCUCGUCUUCGCUGCGACAGUGGCCAGCUUAGCAGUGAGCGAGGUCCUUGCCAAUUAUGACGAUGACGCCGAUUCUUUACCGUCGAUUUAUGGAAUGCAGAGUCUGGCGUUGCGCUGCGACACGGAGUCGAAGCUGCGGCACGUGCUCGCCUACCGGGGCCAGCCGGGCUUCGAUUUUCUGCGCGUGCCCCGAUCGCCGCUGGAGAGCGUCGAUCUGCUCGUCACGGCCGAGCGCGUGGCCGAUUUCAAGGAUCGGCUGCGCGCCAAUGACAUUGAAUUCAGCGUCGAGCACGACGACGUCGCCAAGAUCGUCGAUCAAUUGGCCCUGGAGCAGGAGCGCGCCGAGCCAUGGACGAUGAUGCAGCAGCAGCCGCAGCAGCAGUCACAUCCGCGUAGCCGUAGGGACGUUGGCCUCUUUCAUAAAUUUCCACGUUACGACGAGAUCGAGCUCUACCUGCGCCACUUGAAGGCCCUGCACAACGACACGAUGGAUCUCUUCAGCAUCGGCAAGAGCUACGAGGGUCGCGACAUCUGGGCCGUCAAGAUAAGCAAGAGCAUCUCCGCUCGGGCCCGCAAGCCCAUCAUGCUGAUCGACGCGGGUAUACACGCGCGCGAAUGGAUCGCCCCGACGACGGCCCUCUACGCCGUGCACCAGCUCGUCGACAAGCCCCACAACUCCUACAUCUUCGACCAGAUGGACGUCUACGUCAUACCCGUGCUCAAUCCCGACGGCUACGAGUUCACCCAUUACAAUCGAACGACCAGAUUGUGGAGAAAGACGAUGUCGGGCAUGUCGAAGAAGAUCUGCAUGGGCGUCGAUGCCAAUCGAAACUUCGAUUAUCAAUGGAUGAGUGUCGGUGCGUCGCCUUACGCAUGCAGCUCGCAGUACGCCGGUAGUCGACCAUUUUCCGAGCCAGAGACCAGAGCCUUGAGAGACUUCAUACUGUCCAGGAGAGGUCUCAUUAAAGUUUACUUAACUUUGCACUCGUACGGCAAUUACAUGCUGUUUCCUUGGGGAUUCACGAGCGAGCUCCCACCAAAUGAGCCAGUUUUAAGAUGCGCUGCCGAAUUAGCCGAAUCUGCCCUAGCGCGUGUUCGUGGCACGCGCUACAAAAUCGGUAGCUCUACCAACGUCCUCUACGCAGCCGCGGGCGGAAGCGACGACUGGGCCAUGGGCGUAGCCGGCGUCGAUCUGGUCUACACGAUCGAGCUGCCCGGCGGUUCCUACAAAUUCACGCCGCCGACCAGCGAGAUUUUGCCGGUGGGCCAGGAGACUUUCGAAGCCAUCAAAGUUUUCGCGCGCUACGUCACGGGCGACAUAUGCCGCGGAUUUUGAACAAACCCGUAGAUUGUAAUACGUCACAUUGCUUAUGAUAUAAUUUAAUUUUUUUUCCAUUCAUCUUCGUCAUACUUGUACAUAAGAGCUCAGAGAAUUUCUCAUCACUGUUAUAUAUGUAACUAUAUAGAAGUACUAAAAUAAUAUAUUAUUUUUGAUCGCGAGAUUUAAUUAACAGAUACAUGAGUUGUGCAUUUAAAAAUGAAAAUGAUAAUACGUAAUUAUAGAUUUACGAAGUUGUAUCGAAAUACGACGAUUAAGAUGUUGCACGUUAAAGAGAGAAAAAAAAAGAUGAUCACAGAAAUUAAAUAAAAACUAAUGAAAAA